AUGGAAAUAAAUUGCGGUGACGAAUCGACCGGAGGAACUAGGCUAGCGAGUAAAUCUACUUACGAAGCAGGGGUCGUAGCGAGGCGAUCUGACCUCAAGUUAAUUGUGACGUCAGCCACGAUGGACUCCAGCAAGUUCUCCGCCUUCUUUGGCAACGUGCCAACCUUCACGAUACCGGGGCGAACCUUCCCCGUCGAGACCUUCUUCGCCAAGAACGUCUGUGAGGACUACGUGGAUGGUGCUGUUAAACAGGCACUUCAAAUCCAUCUCCAGCCCGACGAAGGUGACAUCCUAAUAUUCAUGCCUGGUCAAGAAGACAUCGAAGUCACUUGCGAGGUGCUCACCGAGAGGCUGGGCGACCUGGACGCCGCGCCGCCGCUGACAGUGCUGCCGAUCUACUCGCAGCUGCCGGCCGAUCUCCAGGCGAAGAUCUUCCAGCGGGCGCCGCCCGGCCAGAGGAAGUGCAUCGUCGCUACCAACAUAGCGGAAACAUCUUUGACUGUGGACGGCAUAAUGUACGUGAUAGACUGCGGCUACUGCAAACUGAAGGUGUACAAUCCGAGAAUCGGUAUGGACGCGUUGCAGAUCUACCCCGUGAGCCAGGCGAACGCGCGCCAGCGGGCGGGCCGCGCGGGCCGCACGGGCCCCGGCAAGGCGUUCUGCCUCUACACGCAGCGCCAGUUCACGCACGAGCUGCUGCCGGCCACCGUGCCCGAGAUACAGCGCACCAACCUCGCCAACACCGUGCUGCUGCUCAAGUCGCUCGGCGUGCAGGACCUGCUCGCGUUCCACUUCAUGGACCCCCCGCCGCAGGACACGAUCCUGAACUCGAUGUACCAGCUGUGGAUCCUGGGCGCGCUGGACGGCACCGGCGCGCUCACCCCGCUCGGCCGCCAGAUGGCCGAGUUCCCGCUCGACCCGCCGCAGUGCCACAUGCUCAUCGUCUCCGCAGAGAUGGGCUGCAGCGCGGAGGUGCUCAUCAUCGUUUCGAUGCUGUCUGUGCCGUCGGUCUUCUACCGGCCCCAGGGCAGAGAGGAAGAGGCAGACGCAGUCCGGGAGAAGUUCCAAGUGCCCGAAUCGGACCAUCUCACUCUAUUGCACCUCUACAACCAGUGGAAGGCGAACAACUAUUCGAGCGCGUGGUGCACGGAGCACUUCGUGCACGCGAAGGCGAUGCGGAAGGUGCGCGAGGUGCGGCAGCAGCUGCGAGACAUCCUGCAGCAGCAGCGGCUGCCGCUGGUCUCCUGCGGCACCAAGUGGGACACGGUGCGCGAGUGCAUCUGCUCAGCGUACUUCCAGCAGGCGGCGCGGCUGAAGGGCAUCGGCGAGUACGUGAACUGCCGCACGGGCAUGCCGUGCCACCUGCACCCCACGUCGGCGCUGUUCGGGCUGGGCGGCCCGCCCGACUACGUGGUCUACCACGAGCUCACCAUGACCAGCCGCGAGUACAUGCACUGCGUCACCGCCGUCGACGCGCGCUGGCUCGCCGAGCUCGGGCCCAUGUUCUUCUCCGUCAAGGAGACCGGCAAAUCGAACCGGGACAAGAAGAAAGAAGCGGCGGUGCACUUGCAGAGGAUGGAGGAGGAGAUGAAGGAGGCGGAGCAGAAGAUGGCAGAAGAGAAGAAGAAGCGGGAAGAAGAUGUGCCUGUGAAGCAGGAGAUCGCCACGCCGGGACUCACCACCCCCAAACGCACACCGCACCGCCUCGGUCUA